AUGGCAGAGAAAGCUACUUCGAACAGGGAGCACCCUCUGGCGGGGGUGGUUCUUUGCUUCACGUCUAUUUUACCGGAGCAGAGGACCGAUCUGGUCACAAUUGCAGGUGAAAUGGGCGCUACGCAUAAGUUCGAUCUGACCUCCGAUGUCACGCAUCUACUCGUCGGUGAACUGAAUACUGCAAAAUACAAGUUUGUUGCUCGGGAACGGUCCGACGUCAUUGUCCUCAAGCCGGAUUGGAUUGAGGCUGUCCGACAAUCAUGGAUGCAGGGCGGAGAUACAGACAUCCGGGCAUUGGAGGAACAGUACAGGCUUCCUACAUUCAUGGGCCUUGCGAUCUGUAUUACAGGAUUUGAAGACAUGGCCUUCCGCAACUAUAUUCGAGAACAGGCGAUGGCUCACGGUGCUGAGUUCAGGAAGGAUCUCACAAAGACCGUCACCCACCUCAUUUCACGAGGGACCGAGGGCCAGAAGUACAAGUUUGCGACACAGUGGAACGUCAAGGUUGUCAGUAUGAAGUGGUUCACUGACAGUGUAGAACGAGGCAUGGUGCUGGAAGAGACUCUCUACCAUCCUCUUGUGCCUGCAGAGCAGCAAGGCGAAGGCGCCUGGAACCGCUCAACUCCCACCAUCAAAACUAAAGCCCCUAAUGAAGACGACUCGUCAAACCCGCGUCCAAGGAAACUGCGGCGGGUUGCCAGCACUAAAUUGGUAGAUCAGAAUGAGGGAAUUUGGGGAGAUAUCAUGGGCGGAGGCUUUGAUAUCUCGGAAUCAAAGAGAUCCCUUCAGCGCCAACAGAGUGAAAUUCUCCCUGCCAGGCCUGUACUCCAGCUUCAAGAGAGCAAGUCGUUUGCCAGUGAGACAACUCUUGAUUUUCGGCCUGAGCCUGCGCUCGAGCAGGAGGGCGACAGCUCAAAUGGCUUCCUACAUGGGUACUAUUUCUUCAUCCACGGUUUCUCGGAAAAACAGGUCAAAGUGCUGAGCCAUCACCUCGAAUUCAAUGGUGCCCAACUAGUCGCUUCUUUGAGCGAGUUUGCCCGCCCAGAAAUACCCAAGACAGGACACGGAUUGUACACGAUUGUUCCAUACAAAAUGCCCAAGAGUCAAAUACCUUGUACAGACGACAUGGCCUUCGAAUGUGAAGUGGUGACUGAUAUGUGGCUGGAGCAAUGCUUGGAUGUCAAGGCUUUGGUAUCGCCAGAUUCGCAUGUUGCGAACAAGCCAUUUCCAAGAUUCCCUAUCGCAGGUUUCAAUGGUUUGAGGAUAUGUUCAACCGGUUUCGCUCGUAUAGAACUGCUCCACUUGUCCAAGGUGGUUACACUUAUGGGGGCUUCAUAUGACGAAUACUUGACACCAAAGGCCUCUAUCUUGAUUUGCAAUGAUCCGCGCUCAGCAAGUUAUGAGAAAUUAAGACACGCUUCCGAAUGGGGUGCUUACGCGGUUUCAGCAGACUGGUUCUGGGACUCAGUUAGAAGUGGGCAAAAGAAGCCAUUCGAAUCAUACAUAGUAAAGACACCAGGUUCUCAAGACGAGAGGGCUUCACAAAGCCGGUCGACUCCUUCGAAACUGGACCGGCCAUCGAUCUCUUCCAACAAGACUAAUGGCCAAACUCAAGGUACUCCGGGGGAAGCAGUCGAGAAAAAGACUGCAUCUGUGAGGAGUAAUAGAGCAAGCCCUGCGGUGGAUGCUGGGCCUGAUCUACGACUAGAAAGGAAUGGUAAUAUGCCUAAAGAUCUGACCAAGGCGAGAAUGAUGCAGCCCCCGUCUGCAUCCUCCUCUCCUACCAAAGAAAUGGGGAAAGAUGCCGCUGAGAUUCCAGCCCAGAGACCUGGUUCCAACCACUCCAACACCUCCGUGGGCUCCAGCGCGCUUGACCUAGCUAUGAGCGGGCUCCUCAAACAAGCACGAGCCGCAAACAGCAGCCGUCUCCUAUCUGACGGCAAUGACAAAACUGAAGGUGGUCGGUCGAGGAAACGAAAGCCUCUCCUUGGACGAGCUCCGUCGAAUACAGUAGCCCGCCCGGCGCAAGGGACCAUCUUCUCCCGUGCCAGCUCCAUCGAUACCCUCAACGACGAUGGCUGCGGUAGCACGAUCGAACCAGCUUCCGCGGACGGACACUCCCUUACACGUGCGAACAGUCUGGCUGGACAAAGCUUCAACUCCUUGUUGACUGGCACCCGCGUCGAAUUCACAGACGACCCGUCCGUUCCACAUGAAGACGAAAACGAGGCGCCUGCCAUGACGCAGCUGAACUACGAGGACCCCGACGCAGUGGCUAUGAGGGAGAAGUUCCUCGCCGAGGCAGGCAAGCUGACGACUAAAAAGCCUGUUUCCUUGAAGCAGGAAACGCUUGUCGCGGAGGUCACGGAACUGGACGAUCUGGGAUGGAGAAGUAGACGACGGACCCGGCAGGGGAAUAAGGCCCCGGAUGAUUUUUUGGAUACUACGUUGUGA